ACAUCUUUUGCAAAGAUAAUUCAGUCGUCAGACAACGUGCUUAGUUUACUUUACGCUACGAAUCUUUUUUAUCUCAACUUACUUUCACAUAACAGCAUGACGUCCAAAGUGUUGCUGAACAAAUUUUCUUGCUCCAUAAGACACGUUUAUGUGGUCAAUUUAGUGCCAUCGUUAUCCUUCUCUACGAACAAACCCCCAUCGGAUAAGCCCAGUCCGCGAAUGGAGGAGUUCCAGAAGAAAUUGCGCGAAAAAACACCCAUCGGCAAGCUGGACGAAAUCGUCGGCAAGCAUCCGUACCAGGAGAAGGAACCACUCCAGCCAUGGCCAAACAAUACGAAUCCAAAUACCGGUGAAGUCGGUGGUCCCCGUGGACCUGAACCAACUCGAUACGGUGACUGGGAACGAAAGGGCCGUGUGUCGGACUUUUAAGAGUAUCCGGGAUCCCAAGGAACCAGAGUUAGUAACAAACGUAAAUUAUUUUCCGUACCUUCUUGCUACAGGUGUUAAAACAGAUGUUUUAGCCUACUUACUACCUUCUACAGAUGUUAGCGUAGUUUAUAUUGUUAUUCGUUAGUUAAGAUGCUAGUAGAAUGGUUUAGUCUCUUUUUGCACAAUAAAAGGGGCUAUAUUUGCGAUUGAUACAAAGUUACACGAUUGAAAUAUGUGGGUUAAGUUACUGACUUUCACCGAUUACACGUUUAACCAUUUUAUCGCUCAAUUCCCACAGAUUCUGCUGGAGCGUGUCAUUUUUUGAGGCUACGGAUGGGUCGCAGACGUAACAGUUGUUGAAGUACAGCGCGGUCAAUCCCGUCAAUUCAUGAGCCGUUGCACAGUAGACGGUCGUACUGGCGGCUUGUUGCUGGAAAAGACAAAAAUACCGAAUUUCAACUGGAAGAAGAAUUUCUCAUAUUCCGUUAUUGCUUACCAGCGACUUGGUGAAUGGACGCACCAGAGCAAACAGGAAUCGAUAGAACCACCAGUUUCGCGAAAGGGCAGAAGAAACCAUAUUACCCGGAUGGAGCACAAACACGGAAGUGCCCCGUUGUUUCAGGCGCUAAAAUAGAAAUCAAGUCAUUUUAGAUACAUUUUAAUAAUUAUGUAUGAUGCAUUUUAACGUAUUCGCAGCAUGAAAAAUUACGAAUUUUAUUUUAUUUUAUAAACUUUGUUGACAAAAUUUUUCAAAAUUUGUCAAACUGACAGUUGUGCAAUCGGAAAAAUGGUCAAGGCAAGGGGCAGGAGGUUGGUACAUCAUGAUUGACAGAUCGUUCACAACCAAGAUUUGUUCAA